AUGAUAUCAUUAACAGAUGCCCAGGAGUCCACGUUGAUAAGGUGGGCAUCAUAUAGUCUGGGAAGACCUCAGGACGGCUUCAUGGCAUUUCUUAUGGGCGAGACAGGUCUGCAUGAAGAACAAAUCAAUGAUUGGUGGACCAAUCAGGCAAGUUCUUGUCUUAAUACCAAACUUACACCUGGAAAUGUAGAGUCAUCUUCCAGGGUGGACGCGUAUGGUUUUGGGAGCAACGGUUUUGAUCUGGCAAAAUUUAAUCUACCAAGCCUUGCUUUCGAUUCAUUUGGAGACAGCAUACAGAACUUCGAUGCAACUUUUUUCGGUCUGGGAGAUUGGUCACCACUCGAGAAUUCAUGUUAUGAUUUACCUCAACUCCCUUCGACUUCAAUGGCUUGCCAAACCCAAAAAGGGUGGGGUGAUGACUACUCGGAAAAGAGCUUUCUUCACUCAAAUACUAUGUCAUCUUCAGAUACCGAGUCAUUAUUAUCGAUGCCAUCAAGUCAUGGGAGUAGACGUGCGUCAGGCAGAUCAUCAGGAUUUUCUUGUGGAUCAAGAAAUACCUGGGGUACCACAUCAACACUUUUCUCCGUAGAGGAAGAUCAGGCAGCAGGAUCAAUGGACUCAUACCAAGGUUUCCAACAUCGCAAGCCCAUAAGUCUAGCAAAAGUCAUGUCGGAGUCCGGUUCGCAAUUUGAGUUACCUGAUGACCUCAAAACGAAUCAUUUCAACACCCAUGACCACAGCUUGGAAUCUGUCCAACGACCAUCCACCAGUUUGAGGCGCAAAUCAAGUACGAAUAUCAACGCCAAGAAGCUGCCAGACAUACCUCAAAAAUUCGUAAGGUAUGGUUGCACAAUAUGCGGCCAACAAUUUGAACGCAAAGGUGCCAAAGGCGACUGGAAAAGACACGAACAAACAAAGUGCGAGCAACAGAAAUUGUGGUACUGCAUGCCAAAAGAGCCGACCACCCAGGUACUUGGUAUUUGGUAUUGCAUGCUAUGCAAUUACACUGAGAGCAAUCGCAACGAGAUGAUCAAACAUCUCAUUGACCAACAUCGGUUCCAAAACUGCUGGGGAAAACCUCUUUCUAAAAGGAGUCACCCGAGGAAAGAUAAGCUAAGGGAUCACUUGAAGAAACACCAUGGUCUAUCUGAAGGGUCAAUUGGAUGGGAGAAUUGGCAUCAAGAUUUACCGGAAAAGAAGGCUUGGGGCUGCGGAUUUUGCGGUGGUUGCUUUAUUACCUGGGAUGCAAGACUCGACCAUAUUGCCGAACACUACGAAAAGCAAGGACUCGACGUUUCGCAUUGGUCAUUAACAAACGUCAUCAAAGGCCUGCUCAAACAGCCCAGAGAAUGGGAUAUAUCACAUGCCUGGAAAGCCCUAGUUGGCCACAAUGAUCGAUUGUACACAUGGUUAGACGACGACGCCAUAAUAUUGCAGCGCAAAUUAGAGUAUCGCGAAGACACACCACAGAAUCUCGCCGAAGAGGCGAGAAGAUUAGCAAAAAGAUCUUCGCACAACGCCGUUCCGCAAACUUGGUCCCUCUCCGAGUCUCAGGCUGUAAGACUAGCGCAAGUUAUGUUGGCUGAGCCACUGAGGAAAACUUCGGCUCGCAGAGAUGGUGGGAUUUUCUAUGGGGUUCAGGAGUCUUUUAUGGCAGGUGUGGAGCAAACGGUUCGGGAGGCUGGGGUUCGAGAUGGUAAAUUUAAUGGAUAUAUCUAA